AUGGUGCUUGUUUACGAGCUCAUGACUAACAGAAGCUUACAAGAUUGCUUGUUUCAUCGCAAGUCUCCGGAGCUAAAGGAGUGGAAAAAGCGGCUGUCGGUUGCAAUUGAUAUCGCUAAAGCUAGGUUAAAACCAGAAGACGAAUGUCGAGUUGACUUGAAUAUUAAGAUCGAGGAAGGGAAAAAGGUAGGUAAUUCAAUAAUCGAGGAUAACGGAUCAGUCUUCGAGGAGACUGAGAGUCUGGCAACCACCACAAUCUGUGAAGAGCUUAGUAUAGUUCCGGAUCAGUCACCUGAAAGUUUUGUUACAACUCCGAUUGCUGAGACAUCACCAGAGACGUUCAUCUAA